AUGGCCUCAGGAAUUACAACUCGUCGUAUGCCAAAAAGGCAAAGCUUGCUGCUACUAUCCGAGAUCGAUAAACACAAAAAUGAGAUCGAGUUUUUGUACUGCGUCGAAAACCUGUCUCUGAAGCAGGUAGUCGAGCACAUAAACAAGACGCACAACUUAAAUGGGAAAUAUCACCAAUACCGCGAUCGACUGGCGGCGUGGCGUAGUAGAAAAAAUAUAACAAAGGCAGAAUGGCUAGAUGUCCACAGACGCUUGAGUGAGCGGGAGCGACUAGGCAGGAAGUCCGGUGCCUAUGUGUGCCUCAAUAAGAUCACUAUAAUACCGGAGAAUAGGCUCAAGCGGGGCCUAGACCGACAUGUCACUGCAACAGAUAAGAUAUUCAUGAAAGCUCAAGAAACCGCCCCGAUAGUGGAAUGCCAAAUCAGUAUUCAGUCGCCGCCCUCCUGGAAUGACUUCAUACUCCCUAUAUAUCGGAAUAUCACUAAAGCUAUGUUGGAAAAUAUCCCAAUUAAAAUUACGGAAAAGUCGCUACUAGAAAUCCUUCUCCCUAUGGUCUCGCAAUAUCCCGAAGGCUCGCUCCAAGUUAGCACGAUGGAUACGAACACAUACUUCGUGUUUCUAAAAAGUGUGAUAUAUUCGAUAUCGAAUAAUCUAAUCCCAUUCAAAUUCAUCCACUGCAAACUAGAGGACAUAGACGAGCGCGGCUAUCGCCGACCGUUUAAAACUCUUCUGUCCCAAAAACUCACAUCCAUUACCGCAGCCUGCGAGAGGCUCAUGCCGAUAUUUUAUUCCCGAGGCGAUGAUGAGUUCAUAGAGCAUGCUAGGAAAUCUCAGCCCGGUUUAAUUUCAUACUUCUCAAUCAUUAGAGGCUUACUGGAAUUGAGUACCGAACCACAAGUCUUAGAAUCCUGGUCUUCAAUCGAACCCAACCGGGAUGUUGUACUCUUUUAUCCCUCUAACUUUUUCUCACCCGGCACAAUACGAGUCGAACCUUAUAAAUUCUGCCUAAGGGAAAUAUGUGACGAACUUAUUGAGCAUGGCAUACAACCAACGUCUCUGCUGGAAUCAAAAUUGUUCUUCCACCUUUGUUGUUGUCUUGAAGAUUUUGCGCCAUUUUUCCUACUUACUCCCCAAAAUCUAGUAUCAGCACUUGCGGUUCAACAUUCUGAGGAGCGAAUAAAAAGCUUGCUACAGAUACGUGAUAUAGCACAAAUACAACUCCUGCUCAAGGCUGGAUUCAGGCUUGACUACGGGCUUGAGGAGAAACUCUUAGGUGUAAUAAUCCUCAAACAUAAUAAAUCGACAAGAGAGUUUUGGUUGAAGCUGUGGAGGCGUCAACAAUGCCUAGUUUCAGGCCGUGUGGCUACAGAUUCUAGUGAUGAUGAUCAAAUUCCGAUUACGGACUUCAUUCAAAUAUUCCAUGGGGCGGUUCAGCAUAUUUAUGACCUAAAGGACAUAGAGAAACCCGAGCGUCAACGCGGAACUAUGUUUCGCUGGGCCAUGGCCACUGAAGAAUACGGAGAUAUCAUGAACGACCUACUAAAAAAUGACCUUCCUGAGGUAGCUCUUUGGGAAAUGUUACUCAUCGGGCAUCUGGUUACCCUGAGGCCAUCUUCUUUAAACCUCUUGUUGGAACUUCUCAGUCGCAAGUAUCCGAUGGUUUAUUUUGAGACGUACAUUUUCCACAUCGUCCAUCGGAUGAGAUAUCACCCCGAAGUGUACCUCGAGAUACAUUAUGGAAGGGAAACCAACUACAUUGAUGUUCUGCAUAUGCUCUUGUCACGAGGAGUCGACGUCAACUUCAACCUAGAUUCACUAAUCUCGCCUGUAUCAUAUAUGAUACAGGAAUGCAGUUUAUUCGCAGAUACAGGGUACCCGAAAGAUUUCGAGCUUGAGUCCAGUGUAUUGGAUUUACUGGUCGAGGCGGGGUCGGAUAUAAAUGCUCCGCUUUUGUAUUGUCCAGAAAAGAAUAUUGAUACAAAGCGCCUUUGGUACUAUCAACACCUCCGACCUGUAGACAUGGCAUAUUGGGGGGAUUUUAAGGAGUAUUUUUGCUAUCUUCUAUCCCAAGAUGUAUGCCUAGACAGGUUUCCAAUGAAGACAAUGGACUCACGGCGUGGCUGGAUCCCAUGUCCUCUAUUUAUCCAAGCGGCCCAUAACUGCGACCUUAAGUAUGUGUCUGAGCAUUGGAAUACUCGGAUGAGAUGGAGUGACGCUCCUUAUUUGUGUCCGGGUAAUUAUAGCCCGUUUCCGGAAAUUGAAAUGGAUGCUACUUGCGACAUUGAGGCCACCAAGGAGCUCCUGGACCUUAAAAAUCCGACCCCGACCCCGACCCCUGAAGAGCUGUUCAACCUAAUUGCGGUGCUUGCCGUAACAGAAGGACGCCGGUCCGACAUUACGGGUCCAGUUCUUACAAAAACAGAAAUCGAAUGCGGGUUUGCAUUGAUAUCUACGGCAAUUCAGAAUCGUUGGGUGAAAGUUGGUUUCGAAAUGCCCUACCGUAAUCGCUUCCGCUCCCCUUUAUGCUUGAGUAUUAUUUAUGAUAAUGUUAGGCUUAUGGAGCAUCUACUAAAUCUCGAAGCUGACCAGUUCAUUUACAAAGAUGUUGAUAUGUGGUGGCGGCGGCUGUCUGCGGUACAGCUGGCAGCAGGGGUGAGCGUUCGCCUUCUAAAGGCACUUGUGGCACGGGGGGCCGAUGUAAAUCAACCACCUUGUCAAUUUGCAGGAUCAACCGCCUUGCACGAAGCAAUUGAAAAGGGCAAGCUUUCCUGUUUAUCGUAUUUGCUAUCUAAAGGGGCAGAUAUACAUACUCUUGAUACUAGAGAGCACACAACCUUGAUCGACUUGAUAGGAGAACAACCUGUUCCAGGCAAAUCAGCUCUUGAAUACGCUAUUUUCAUGGGGAGGAUCGAUGCUGUAUCCUUGAUAUUACAAGCUGAGCCUGCCUGUCAGCCCAUGGCGUUGGAAUUUGCCCGAAAGCAUCACCAAUCGACUAUAGCGAUGUAUAUCGAGACUUGGGAACCAGGCUCACCCGAAAAUAUAACAGAAGAUAUCGAUGAGGAUAUUGAAAUGUCCCUUUGA